AUGGGUACAACCACAAUAACUGCAGGAUCUUCAAUGAACCCGAGCACUUCUGCAGGAACUGCUACUUCCUCGAUGAAUCCUAGUACUACUGCAACAACUGCAACGUCCUCAAUGGCACCCAGCACUGUAGGUACGGCGGCGACUUCAUCAGUGGUGCCGAGCACUACAGUAGCUGCUACAUCUUCUAUGACAGUGGGUACUAGCGCAACAACUGCAGCAUCUUCAAUGAACCCGAGCACUUCUGCAGGAACUGCUACUUCCUCGAUGAAUCCUAGUACUACAGCAACUGCUGCAACGUCGUCAAUGGCGCCAAGCACUGGAAGUACUAUGGCGACUUCAUCAGUGGUUCCGAGCACUACAGUAGCUGCUACAUCUUCCAUGGCGAUGGGUACUACCGCAACAACUGCAGCAUCUUCAAUGAACCCGAGCACUUCUGCCGGAACUGCUACUUCCUCGAUGAAUCCUAGUACUACAGCAACUGCUGCAACGUCGUCAAUGGCGCCAAGCACUGGAAGUACUAUGGCGACUUCAUCAGUGGUUCCGAGCACUACAGUAGCUGCUACAUCUUCAAUGGCGAUGGGUACUACCGCAACAACUGCAGCAUCUUCAAUGAACCCGAGCACUUCUGCCGGAACUGCUACUUCCUCGAUGAAUCCUAGUACUACAGCAACUGCUGCAACGCAAUCGGCCAAGCAAGCUGGAAGUACUAUGGCGACUUCAUCAGUGGUUCCGAGCACUACAGUAGCUGCUAUAUCUUCAAUGGCGAUGGGUACUACCGCAACAACUGCAGCAUCUUCAAUGAACCCGAGCACUUCUGCAGGAACUGCUACUUCCUCGAUGAAUCCUAGUACUACAGCAACUGCUGCAACGUCGUCAAUGGCACCCAGCACUGUAGGUACGGCGGCGACUUCAUCAGUGGUUCCGAGCACUACAGCAGCUGCUACAUCUUCAAUGACGGUGGGUACUACCGCAACAACUGCAACAUCUUCAAUGAACCCGAGCACUUCUGCAGGAACUGCUACUUCCUCGAUGAAUCCUAGUACUACAGCAACUGCUGCAACGUCGUCAAUGGCGCCAAGCACUGGAAGUACUAUGGCGACUUCAUCAGUGGUUCCGAGCACUACAGUAGCUGCUACAUCUUCCAUGGCGAUGGGUACUACCGCAACAACUGCAGCAUCUUCAAUGAACCCGAGCACUUCUGCCGGAACUGCUACUUCCUCGAUGAAUCCUAGUACUACAGCAACUGCUGCAACGUCGUCAAUGGCGCCAAGCACUGGAAGUACUAUGGCGACUUCAUCAGUGGUUCCGAGCACUACAGUAGCUGCUACAUCUUCAAUGGCGAUGGGUACUACCGCAACAACUGCAGCAUCUUCAAUGAACCCGAGCACUUCUGCCGGAACUGCUACUUCCUCGAUGAAUCCUAGUACUACAGCAACUGCUGCAACGUCGUCAAUGGCGCCAAGCACUGGAAGUACUAUGGCGACUUCAUCAGUGGUUCCGAGCACUACAGUAGCUGCUAUAUCUUCAAUGGCGAUGGGUACUACCGCAACAACUGCAGCAUCUUCAAUGAACCCGAGCACUUCUGCCGGAACUGCUACUUCCUCGAUGAAUCCUAGUACUACUGCAACAACUGCAACGUCCUCAAUGGCACCCAGCACUGUAGGUACGGCGGCGACUUCAUCAGUGGUUCCGAGCACUACAGUAGCUCCUACAUCUUCAAUGAUGGUGGGUACUACCGCAACAACUGCAGCAUCUUCAAUGAACCCGAGCACUUCUGCAGAAACUGCUACUAACUCGAUGAAUCCUAGUACUACUGCAACAACUGCAACGUCCUCAAUGGCACCAGCACUGUAG